AUGACGUCCACCGCAAUCUACACGUGCUACCGGCAGCUGCACCCGCCGACAGGUGUCGACCACGCCGUCUUCGGCAGCGUCACCGCCGCCGGCUCCCGCGACCUGGUCGUUGCGAAGGCCUCCACCCUCGAAUUGUACCGCGUGCAUCGGGACGACCACAGCUCUACUGCCGCAGCAGCAGCAGCAGCAGCAGCAAGGGAUACGAGCAACGGCGAUGAGAGAGACGACGACGAUGCAAGCGGCUACUACCUCGAGCUGGCGGGCACCUUUCCCCUGGCAGGAAACAUCACCGCCCUGGCCGUCAUCCCGGACAUCCUGGUAGUCUCCUUCGGCGUCGCAAAGAUGGCCCUCGUGGCGUACGACUCCGUCCUCGGCCGCCUGGAGACUAUCUCCAUCCACAACUUCGACGCGGGCGCGAUUGGCCCCGGGGCCGGCGGGGUGGAGUCCGGUUACGGUCUCGCCGCCGCCCUGAAGGAUCGACCCAGGACCAUCUCCUCCAGCGACCCGGCCGGCCGCUGCCUGGCGGCGGUCGUGGCCGGCUGCCAGCUCGUCGUUCUCCCCGCCCGGCGGCACGUGCCCGGCUCCGUCUUCGUGAGCGAGGAGGCCAAGCGGCGGCAGCGGCGGGUCCUACGGCUCCGCCGGCGCGCAGUGGUAGCGGCACGAAGAAACAACGCAGCGGGGGCGGGAGAGAGUGCGGCUGGCGGUGUGGCCGGUGGUGUUGACGACGGGAGCGAUGACGACGGCGAUGACGACGGCGACGACAGCGUGAGCGCGAGGGAGAGCGAUUCCGAGGGGGAGGAGGACGGGGGGCUGGGGAACGGGGCGACUGCGAAGGGUGACGGCGGCGCGGGGGGGAACUUGGCGGUGUCGAAGCCUUUUACAAUAGACCUAGAAGAGGCAGGCAUUACCGGGUUCAUCAAGGCUGCGGCCUUCCUCGAAGGGUUCCACGAGCCGGCGCUGGCGUUGCUGUACGAGCCGAUCCAGACGUGCGCGGGCCGGUUAGCGUCGAAGCGAUCGACUUGCAGGCUGGCCUUGCUGUCGAUCAACUUAACGCAGGGCCGGGCACCGGUGAUAUGGCAGGUGGAGAACCUGCCCCACGACAGCUGGGACUUGGUACCAGUGCCCUCGCCGAUAGGGGGGCUGCAGGUGAUUUCGACGAACGCCGUGAUGCACGUCAACCAGUCAGAGGUGCGGUCCAUACUCGCCGUGAACGGCUACGCGAGGGCCACGGUGGACCCGGCUCUACUCGAGUGUCCUCUGAGGGGAGGUGACAGCGACUGGGGAUGGACGUCUUUCCGACGCUCCCACCCCGAGAGAGAGGUGGUAGACCUCAGCUCGUACGACGUGUGCAUCGAGCUCGACGUCGUGCGUUGCGCCUUCCUGACGCCCACGUCGAUGCUGCUCUCCCUUCGCACCGGCGAGGUCUACGCCCUCCGCCUUCACCUGACUACGGUCACAGCCGCCGCCGCCGACGCCGCUGGGUGCAGCCGGCCCCCCGGAGGCGCGGCCUUCGGCACGCCUAACCGUGUCGUGGGGCAGUCCAUGCGCCCCGUCGGGAGGGCCUCGCCUUGCUCCGUUCUCGCGGUGGCGGCGAGCGGCGGCAGCGGCGGUGACGGCGGGAGCGGCGCUUCGAAGGGUCUGGUGUUCAUGGGGUCUCGGGUGGGCGAUUCGCUCCUGGUGGAUUACUCCGUGGCCAGCGCGGGCACGCGGCCCGGUGGGAAGGGUGCAGCGGUGCCAAAGCGCGAGCCGAAAGCAGAGGAGGAGGAGGAGGAGGAGGAUGUUGGUCAGACGGAGGGUGCGCCUGCCGCCCGCUCUUCUUCGACCACCGGCGAGAAAGCGGCCGCGGGAGCCGCCGCCGUAGGGCAACAGGGCGAGACAUCGUCGGGCGGCGCUGCGGCAGCGGCACCAGCAGCCGGGGCCGGGGCCGGCGCCACCGUUAAGGAGGAGGUGACUGAGGGAGGGGGGGGAACCCUGGCUGGGAUGCAGGUCGAUGCGAAUGUCGGUAGCGGGGACGGCAGCGCCGCCAUGUCCACGAGGAGCCCCGGCGGCGACGGCAAGAAGGUAGCGGGCGAUGCCGAUGCCGAUGGGAAGCCUUCCGAGAUCACCGAGACAUCUGGCGGCGGUGCCGAGAUUGCCGACGGGCCCGGGGCGGUGACUUCCCCGCCGAUCGAGAACGGAAACGAUGGCAGCCCUGACCCUCCAGCGGCAACGCCGACCAAGCAGGAGGCGGAGGCGUUAUCAUCAUCCCCGCAGCCCGAUGACGGGGAAGAAGCAGGAGAGGGGAAAGACGCGGGGUCGAGGGGAGGCAGCGCGAAACGAGGUCGCGCGGAGCGGCCAUCCUCCGGCGGGGACGUCGGUGCGGGGGACAACGACGGGCAGCCGGACAAGAAGAGGUCAAGAGUGUCCGCUUGUGCCGACGGCGAGGAUGACGCCGCCUCGUCGGGGGAGGCAGUCCCGGCCACAGAGGAAACUACGGCAACGGCAGCAGCAGCAGUAGGCGGUGCUCCUGCUAGUACCGCCGUUGGGGGGGAGGAGGGUGCGGAAGCGCUAGGUGACGGGGUGGCAGCCCCGACCGUAUCGUCGGAGAGUGGACGUCCCGCAGCGGCAGACGCCGCGAUUGAUCCGACGCCGCCGCCGCCAACCACGGCUCCGGCUGUCAUGCUCAGCAAGGAAGAGCAGGAGAUGAUCGAAGAGGAGGAGCAGCUAUACGGGGCGAGAAUAGGAGCUUCUGCUUCCGAAGGGGCUGACGGUAGCGGGGGCGAGGCCGCUCUCGCCCGGCUGGGAUCCAAGGACGGGGAACGGGUCAUAGAAGCGGUUGGCUUCCGGUUGAAGGUGGUAGACUCCAUCUGUACGCUUGGCCCCAUAGUGGAUGCGGCCCUUGUGCCGUCCGCGUAUCACGUCCCCAAGACAACGAAGCUCGCCGGUGGCGGAGGCGGUAACCGUUCUCGGGGUGGUCAUGGAGGCAGAGGGUCCGUUCCAAACGGAGCGGCGGCGGCGGCGGCGGCGGUGGCGGGCGGAGGUACAUCCGGGGGUGGUAUCCGCACGAGCUUGGUGUGUGCGGCCGGUUACGGGGGGCAAGGGUCGCUUGCGGUGUUCUCUGCUGGGCUUCGAACCGAGGUGGUCGUCGAGCUGUCCGUGCCGGGCGCCACGGGUGUCUACAGCUCGUCGGAAGGCGGCGAAGGUGGCGGGGGGCCCAUGGGGGGGAACAAGCGGGACACCCUCGUCCUGGUGUCCUGUUCUGCGUCACCCCCAGCAGCAGCAGGAGCGGCGGCCGCUGGAGGCGACACCCGGGCGGGCCACACGCGGGUGCUCGCUUUCGAGGAGGAUGCUAAGGUGGUGGAGCUUCCGGAGGGGGACGGGAACCCGUUCGUGUGCGAUGCAGCGACCGCGGAUGUGUGCUCGAUGGCUGGAGGCACGGUCGUUCAGGCACACAAGCAGGGCCUCCGGGUAACCCGCAAUCGAGACCCGGUACAAGACGUCCUCGCUUCCGAGGAUCCCGACCUAGGCGGGCUAGGGGCAGACGCCGGUGUCACUGUCUUGAGGGCCGCGGCGGCAGGGUCUCACGCCUGCUGCCUCUUGUCCAAUCUCCGGCUUCAUCUCAUGGCGCUCGACGAUGGGGACCUGAUGCCCGUUGGCUCUGUAGAGGAAGCGGGGGAGGAGGGGGAAGGCGGCGGUGGUGUUUGGGAGGAGGUGGAGGCGGUGUGCAUGUUUGGUGUACAGAAAGGGGGUUCGGUCGGGGAACAGUCUCCGGAACGGUACGAGGAGGAGGGCCUCCCGGCGCAGAAGGGUUGGUGGGGGGGUUCCGCGUGGGGAGAGGCGGGUGGUUCUGGUUCAGAACCAACUGCUCCCGGUGACGACGGCGAAGAAGCUGGUUCUUCGAACGGCGAAGCGCGCGUCGAGCACGUACGUGCGUAUGUGGUCGUGUGUCGGAGGGGGGGCACCGUGGAGGUAUUCUCGUGCGAGGGGGAGGGCGCGGAGGAGACCAGGGCGCGCCCGGUGUUCCGAGCAACCGGUGCCGCGCUCGCGCCGCCCACGCUGUGGAACGAGCUGCUGUUGCCCCCGGCGGUUGCGGCAGCGGCGGCGGCAUCGGAUGAUGAUGAUGAGGAGGAAGGGUCAUCUUUGGCCAAGGGCGGUGGACGGGGGUCCGAUGGGAACCGUUCUCCGAUGAAUGACGAUGUUGAGGAGGAGGAAGCGGCGGGUGGUCUAGCGGUGGCCACUGGGAUUAUCCUGGCCAAUGGCCGGAGAGGCGCGGCGGGGAGAGGGGGUGGGAAGAAAGUGGACGGCGAGGCUAACGGCGCCGGAACUGCGGCACCGUCGUCCGACCCCAUGGAGGUAGACGACGGUGCUACUGCGCCCGACUCCGCCGCCGUCGACGCUAGUGCCUCCGGCGAGGCACCGUCGGCCCCUGACGAGACUGUCGAAAAGGCGGGGGCCGAUGCCGGUGGCGCGGCGGCGGCGGCGGCGGAGGAAGAAGAUAGCGUUGUGUGCCCGGCGGUGACGGACGUUAUCGUACACCCCGUCGGUGCCGUCGGCGGGCCGCCCGAGCUGCGGCGGCUGGUGCUCGCGAUGCACCUGGAUAACGGCAGCCUGCUAGUAUACGAGGCCCGGAUGGUGGUCUCACCCUUGGCUGCGUUUGGGGGCCGUGAGCAGGUUGUCUGCUUCUCAAAGCUCAGUCACGACCUCAUCACCCGUCCCGUGAAGGGAGUUCCGCCGGAGGCGGCGUUGUUCGACCCGGGAAGGGGGCGCGCCCUGAGGGGCGUUCGAUCUGCGGCUGGUCAGGAGGGGGUCUGCUUUGCUCGACCGGGCUGUCGGUCUGCCUUGGGGCACUUCGUUGCUGAGAAGGUCAGGCUCGGGGCGACGGUGCACGGCCUGGUGCACCUCCCGCAUGAUCUGGCUCACGCGGGCAAGACCGGGGACAUCCUGAAGCAGCUCUUGAGGGCGAGGGGCCACUACGUGGCGCUUGUCUCGACCAUGGAGGAUGCCCUUGUGGCACAGCCUAAGUCGGGGCUCAAGGAAGGAGAGGAAGGGGAGCAGGGGGACGGGGAUGAUGACGAGGAGGAAGAGGCGGCGGGAUUGCUGGACCGGCAUACCGUCAAGCACAAGAACUGGACGGUGGCGGACCCCAGCCUAGGCGGCGCACCCCCGCUCCUCGUCCCGAGGUUCGAGCUGCGCGUACUAGCUCUAGCACCCGGAGCGGUAUCAGCAGCAGCAGCGACGUCAUCAUCGGCAGCAAGAAGCCCUUCCUCUGCUAACGACAAGGGUGGUGGGGGUGGCGGGACCCCCGAAGAGGGGGAGGGAAGGCGGAGCGGGGGGAGGGGACAAGAUGGGAGCGUCCCCGGUAAUGAGGCGGAGGCGUUAAUGUUGUCGGCGGCGGUGGUGGAGUCUCACCCAAUGGACUCAGACGAGAACGGGGUUUGCAUGACCCUGGUGAGGCUGGAGCAGGGGGGGGCUCCGCGGAUGUACGUGGCGGUGGGGACGGGAAUGAACGAGCCGCAGGGGGAGGACAAGGCUGCGAGAGGCAGACUUAUCCUGCUUGAGGUGGACUACGCCUACCUGGCGAGGGAGGACGGCAAGCACGAGCAUGCCGUCAAGCUACGCCAGGUCUUCGCAAAGGAGCAGCUCGGGCCCGUGUCGGGGGAGUGGUCUAUAUUUUUUCCUUUUUCGACGAGUUUGCCCGAAGUGUUUCACCUUGUGCUGGUACUUGCCAUCGUUUGUGGAUGAUGAUGGUGGUGAUCAAUCUUUUUCCUUUUUGGACGAACGAGUUUACCCUAAGUUUUCGUCUUGUGCUGGUCGUUGUCCUCCUUAGUGGAUGAUGAUGGUCGAGGCCAUUCUUUUUUCUCUGUUGACUCAAGUAAUUCAUACGGUUAUCCCAGCAGCGUUCGCUCGGUUUUCACCCACCAGAGGCAAGAGAAACUUCUAAC